AUGGAAAAUUCAAGGGAGGCGACCAUCAGCGCUGCAGGGAACGCUGUUCCGAUGAGUUUGGACGAGAGGUUCACAACAAUCAGGAGCAUCGGGCUGGAGAGCGCCGACGAGGACGAGCUCAUGACGCUUCUGGAGAGGAAGGCCGCACCUAUCGCCUACGUCUGGUGCAAUCCCUCCCCAUGGGUACACAUCGGCCAGGGGAUCAUGAUGGUGUUCAACGUCAACAAGCUUCUCAAAGCCGGCUGCAGGGUCAAGAUCCUGAUGGCAGAUUGGUUUGCCUAUAUUCUCCGCAAAUCCGAUGACCUAAGCAAGAUCCAGGCCAUCGGACGCUACAUGAUCGAGAUAUGGAAGGCGGCAGGCCUGGACCUCAACGGGGUGGAGUUCGUGUGGCUGUCGGACGAAGUAAACGGCCCGGCCUCCGGCGAGUACUGGGCGCUUCUCAUGGACAUUGCCAGAAAUAACAUUUGA